AGCUGGCCUGGGAGCUUGGCUGAGCCCAGUCCCCACCUGACUACCCCAGAGGAUGAGGAGAUCCCUAUCUUGUGAAGCAUUUGACCCUUAGAAAGGAUAUACCUUCUCAGAAGCAUCACAGGAGGGAAAGCAGUGACAAACAAAGAAGGAAGUUAUUCUUUGCACGCUCCUUUUCUGAUGUUUAUUUUGCUGACUUCUGUUGGCCUUGAAGGAGUUCUCAGUGACUUAGCAGUAAUUGGAGUAAUGAAGACACUACCACAGAAACUGGAUGGCUUCUACAGGGAGCCAGGCCUCUGAUAUAGACAAGAUUUUCGGAUUCUUCAGUGAUGGCGCACCCCCCACCAAAAAGCCCAGGAAGUUACUUCCAAGCUUAAAAACUAAGAAACCUCGAGAGCUGGUUCUGGUGAUCGGAACAGGCAUCAGUGCUGCGGUUGCCCCUCAGGUUCCAGCCCUGAAGUCCUGGAAGGGGUUGAUUCAGGCCCUACUGGAUGCUGCCAUUGAUUUUGAUCUUCUAGAAGAUGAGGAGAGCAAAAAAUUUCAGAAGUGUCUCCAUGAAGACAAGAACCUUGUCCAUGUUGCCCAUGACCUUAUCCAGAAACUCUCUCCACGUACUAGUAAUGUUCGAUCCACGUUUUUCAAAGACUGUUUAUAUGAAGUAUUUGAUGACUUGGAGUCAAAGAUGGAAGAUUCUGGGAAACAGCUGCUUCAGUCAGUUCUCCACCUGAUGGAAAAUGGAGCCCUGGUCUUAACGACAAAUUUUGAUAAUCUCCUGGAACUGUAUGCAGCAGACCAGGGAAAACAACUUGAAUCCCUUGACCUUACUGAUGAGAAAAAGGUCCUAGAGUGGGCUCAGGAAAAGCGGAAGCUGAGCGUCUUACACAUCCACGGGGUCUACACCAACCCUAGUGGCAUUGUCCUUCAUCCAGCUGGGUAUCAGAAUGUGCUCAGGAACACUGAAGUUAUGGGAGAGAUUCAGAAACUCUAUGAAAACAAGUCAUUUCUUUUCCUGGGGUGUGGCUGGACUGUGGAUGACACCACUUUCCAAGCCCUUUUUCUGGAGGCUGUCAAGCAUAAAUCCGACUUAGAACAUUUUAUGCUGGUUCGGAGAGGAGAUAUAGAUGAGUUCAAGAAGUUUCGAGAAAACAUGCUGGACAAAGGGAUUAAAGUCAUCUCCUAUGGAAAUGAAUAUGCUGAUCUUCCAGAAUAUUUCAAGCGACUGACGUGGGAGAUCUCCACGAGGGGUAAAACAGCAGGGAUGGUGAGAGGUCAGCUAAAUGGCUCAUCUGCAGCACAGUGAAGGAAGAGACUGUAGUACAUGAAAGGGCUAGAGAAAUCACGACCAGUAGACCAAGCUGUAAGGCCUUACCACGGACAGUGUUUAACCAGUAAACUUACAAGAACCUAACACAGCUCCUAGGAAGCACCAAAACCUAGAGGUUGAAGGUUGGGGAUAAAGGGGAAGUUAUGAGUAAAUGUUCCAGUAUAAUCCUCCAUGCCUGCUGGUUCUUGAUCUUCUGCGGCCUGUUCCGGUUCAAGGAUACCCAACUGACAACGGGACCCAAAUGCAGCCCCCGCCCCACCCCCAGCUGAACAUGCCUGUGUCCACACAGCAGAUCAGUGUGAUACGUCCACUGACUCUGGCUGCAGCUCUGCAUGAAGGAUGGGCUCUGGAUGCUGCGGAAUUCCCAUGGCCCUUGCAGUUUUGUACUCUAUACCUGGUUUUUCAAUUAGGCUUAAUGGCUUUUUUAAAACAUGACUUGAAGCUCUAGUUUUCUAGAUCUUUUACAGUGUACAGUAUUUUACAUAAUUGAGCUGUAUUAAAAGCUUGUUCAUUUACUUCCCAUUUAAAA